GUCAGUCUGAGAAGCAGCUGUUCAGGGCUGGUGAAAUUCCAACAUGGCAGUGGCUGUGGUCAGUGUUUCCUGCGUUAACUUGGGAUGGUUUCAGCUCGCACGCAACCCGGCUUAACCUUGGCAGCCCGUUCAUCUGCAGAACCUCCUCCCCGGGAUCGAUGCGACCCUGAAGCCCCACCUGAGAGGUCGACCUGUCGCUAAAAAAACAGCACGACAUGAUCAGCAGCAGCAGCGUCUAUGGCUUAAAGAUGCAGUGGACCCCCGAGCACAGCCAGUGGGCCGAACAGCAUUUCGACAUCUCCUCCACCACGCGCUCGCCAGCCCACAAGGCUGAGGCCUACAGGGCGUUGCCCGGCCACCUGCAGCGCUCCACCGCCUACCAGUACGCCUGGGCCAACGACGACAUCUCCGCCCUCACCGCCUCCAACCUGCUCAAGAAGUAUGCCGAGAAGUACUCGGGUAUUUUGGAGAUGCCGGGCUCGUACUCGGAGGCUCCCGGGGUGAUGAACGGACGGAAAGGCGAAUCGGAGCCCUGGCAGGACGGCGUCUACCCCAUGAGCUGCAUCCCCGAGGGGGUUUCGGUGAGAAAAGGAGGGGUGGCGGCGGCGUCGGAGGUGGUGUCGGGCAUGUGCAGCUCCCCGGGCCUGGCCUCCAGCACCCUGAGUGAGCCCAGCUACUCCAGCAGCAGCUGUGGGAGCCACACCGCCACCGCCCUCCACUCCUCCUCCAUGCCCUCUCAGGAAUACGGCCCGGCGUACAGCGGCUCCUACUUGCACAGUAGUUACAGCUCGCAGUCCGCCCCCACCCCAGCUCUUCCCUCCCCACUGCACAGCUCCGGGCUCCUUCAGCCACCUCCUCCGCCGCCCUCCCACCCCACUUUAGUCCCAGCUUACAACGGAGGCUCCCCCAACUUGUCCAGUUAUAAUUACCCCCCAGCAGGCUACCCAGCUCAGAGCUCAGUCGGGCCAGGAUACAGCCCUGGGGGAGCACCCCCUCCAUCCUCAUACCUCCCCUCAGGCAUCGCUGCACCGACACCCCUUCCCCCGUCUUCUGCUUUACCUGGAUACCCAUACCAGAGCCACAACCUGACCCCCAUCGCCCCGACCCCCCUCAGCAGUAGCUCCUCCAACUCCCUGAAGAGGAAGGCCUUCUACAUGACAGGCCAAGGAGAGAUAGACUCCUCCUACGGUAACUUCGGCUACGGUCAGGCUCGGAGCUCCGCCGAGAGCCCCAUGUACCGGGUGGCGGACAGCAGCAGUGCAAACGGAGGCUCCAACGGCGGCGGCGGCGGCGGCGGCUUCGACAGGAGUGCGGAGAAGUCGUCUUUUAAUCCUCAGAAACAGUCCACCAUGUCGUCAGAGCAGCAGAGGAAGUACAGCAGCCAGGCAGCAGGUGGGCCGCUCACUCCUCCGGCGUAUGUCUCCUCCACCCUGGGGGGUUCCCGCUCAGCAGACUCCCUCGCCAGCUUCACCUCCCCCUCCCUCAGUGAGCAAGGUGCUGACGAUCACCGCCUCCACCUCUCCCACUCAGCGCCGGGGCCUACCUCCUCCUCGUCCACGUCCUCCUCCCGGCCCGCAGAAGAGCAGUUAAAAACCAGUGACCCUCACCUCCUCGACAUGGUUACCUCUGAAAUCGUUCAGCAGGGCCCCCCCGUGGACUGGAGUGACAUCGCAGGUCUAGAACUGGCCAAGGCGACUCUGAAGGAGGAGGUGCUGUGGCCCAUCCUCCGCCCGGACAUGUUCAGCAGCUUAGGACCGGCCCCUCGGUGCGUGUUGCUGUUUGGCCCCAGGGGCAGUGGCAGGACGUUGCUGGGUCGCUGCCUGGCCAGCCAGCUGGGGGCGCCGUUCCUUCAGCUCAGCGGGUCCACGUUGGCCACCAAGUGGCUGGCGGAUGGAGAAAAAAUAAUCCGAGCGUCCUUCCUGGUGGCGCGCUGCCGGCAGCCCUCGGUGCUCUUCAUCAGCGAGGUUGACAUGCUGCUGUCGGCCCACCUCAGUGAAGAGAGUCCCAUCAACCGGCUGAAGGGGGAGCUCCUCGCCCAGCUGGACUCGCUGCUCCUGGGCUCCGGCGAGGACGCGGGCAACCAAGUGUUGGUGGUCUGCUCCACAAGCAGACCCCAGGACAUGGACGAAGGGCUGCGCAGGUACUUUUCCCGGAGGGUCCUGGUGCCCCUGCCGGACAGCGCAGCCAGACACCAGAUGGUGAACCAGCUCCUGGCCCAGUCUCAGCACAAGUACUGCGUGAGCGAGGAGGAGCUGGCGCUGCUGGUCCAGCGUACAGAGGGCUUCUCCGGACUGGAUCUGGCCAGACUCUGCCAGGAAGCCCUUGUAAGUCUGUUACACGUCUCUGCACAGGGCAUGGACAUGACAGGUAUGAUGCCCAGGGGACAGAUAAGGCCCCUCACCUACCAGGACUUUGAGAGUGUCUUUUGUAAAUUCCAAGCCAGUAUAUCACAGAAAGAGAUUGACACGUACACUGAGUGGAACAAAAUGUUCGGCUGCAGCCAGUGAAAAGAUAGACUCCGCCCUUGAGAAAAAGAGGCAUCCAUAAUUCCUUUCCUCAGGGCAGAAGCAUUGUGCUGGAGGGGAAGGCACGCAAAGGCCAACGCAAGCCCACCGAGUUCUCACAAGCAGCUUGAGACGCUCCGAGAGACCUGGUCUGACGAGACAACUGGCAGUUUUGCGGUUAAUGAGCAAGAGUUUUAAUUUGAAUGCUUGACACUCCAGAAAGCCAGGCAUUGUUUACACAUUGCAAGCAAGUCUGCUUCAGAGGAAAGAUGCCCCAGUGUCUGUGUAUAUAUCGUUCUGUUGUUGUUCUUGAGAUUUACUUUGGCUAUCCAAGUGCCUGAAGUGGUGCUUUCUGAUUUUCUUUCUUUCCUUGCCUCACAAUCUACAUUCAUGGCAUGAGCUGAUGAUUAUUAAGAGCUUUAAAACUUCAGCAGUGAGUCUGAACAACAGAUUGACAGGCGCCAUUGCCGGUGGUCAAUCAAUUCUGUAUUGUCUUGCUAAGAGCAGUAAUCCAUCAGAGCGGCGGUAGUCUGGGCCCUUACUCACACUCAUCUCUCCUGAUCCUGUGUCUGCAAAACAAACAAACAAACAAACAAAC